AAGCUGAGCAUCAAUAUUUAAGGCUAAAAAAACCAAAAGACUCGCCAAGUGGCAAUAAAUCACCUCACUCACAAGCAACAACUCCAAUCCGAUUUUAUACUUUUCUUUCCUUGGUUGAAUGAAUUUGUACCAAUACUUUCCGUAUCACAGUUUCAACAGAAAAAAACUUGGUCGUUUUUGUUUAUUCUGGUAUAGACAAUUCCUGGUUGUGACUAUCUUAAAACAAAAGGUUGGUAAUUGUUUGUUUCUUCUUUCAAUUUAUAAUGAUGACCCAUUUCAAAACACGAACACAAACACAACCUUUUUCCUCCAAAUUCCACAAACAAAGGCUAUUCUUUCUUCCAUACUUUCAACCAUCUUUUAUGGCAUUGUACAUACUUCCCAUUCUUCUGGUUCUAUCUCUAUCAGGAGCUGAGGCGGCUGUGUUUACAUUGCAAAACAAAUGUAGGAACACAAUAUGGCCGGGGAUUCUACCUGGGAGUGGACAAAUUCAGCUAAUGAAUGGAGGGUUUCAGCUUAACCCUGGUGAAGUUGUAAAUGUUACUGCACCUAAGAAAUGGUCAGGCCGGUUCUGGCCUCGUCGUUUUUGCAAGUUCGAUUCCGCUGGUAAUGGACAAUGCUUGACAGGAGACUGUGGUGGCAAGCUACAAUGUACUGGAGCUGGUGGUGCACCACCAGCAACACUUGCUGAGUUUACCUUAGAUAGUCCUGUGGAUUACUAUGACGUUAGUCUCGUUGAUGGCUAUAACGUACGUGUUUCAAUAGAACCUUUGAGCGGUACAGGGCCUACAUGUAAACCAAUUAGUUGUCUUGCGGAGUUGAAUAGGCUCUGCCCUGUGGGAUUGCAAGUGAAGAGAAAUGGUCAUGUUGUGGCGUGCAAGAGUGCUUGCUUGGCCUAUAACACACCUGAAUAUUGUUGUACUGGUGCAUAUGCCACCCCUGAUUCAUGCAAGCCUACCAGUUAUUCCAAGGUGUUCAAGGCUGUUUGCCCCACGUCUUAUAGUUAUGCCUAUGAUGAUCCCACAAGCACUUUCACUUGCCAAGAUGGUAAUUAUUUGAUUAGGUUUUGCUGAAUAUAAUGUAAAAAAGAAAGAAAUGUAUGUGUGUGUAUUGCAAAAUUAUGAUGAGAAGUAAACUCUCCACGGAUGCUGGGAUGUAUAACUAUUCAUAUAAAAACAUAUGUAAUUAAGAUAUACUUAAAGUAA